AUGGCGCUGCCCGGUGUUUCACUCGUGCGGCUCCGAGGCUUGUGUUGCUUCGGAAAAUGCUCUAACGCCACCCUGAGAACAUCGUUGGACUCCAGGGGUACAAUGCGCUGGUUCCGAUCGAAAAGCGGACGCUUUGGUGAUUCCGAGUCGCUCCGAGACAGACGAGCGUCCAGUCUUCUGGAGGAGUUUCCGCAGCCUAAAAAUCUGCUGAACAACUCUAUCGCGAGGUGUUUGGGACUCAAUGACCUCUCGCAGGUCAUCCGGUACAGCUGCACGGAGGAAGCCGGCCUGAAGAGAGCCACUGUCACGGUGCUGUGGCCUCGCAAAAUCCAAGAGGAAGGCUGCGCCACCAAGAGGUUUGACGCCGAACGGUUUGCUGCAGCGGCUGCGUGCCUCAAACUGAAGGAACUGGGCCUGAUUGGUCCAGACAACCAGCUUCCCAGGAGAAGAAGCAGCCGGGAGAGGGAGAAACUGCUCUCUUCCUGGAGUCACCAUCUACAGCAAGAUUGGACUGAAAGCUUCCAGGCGCCUAGUGAUGAAGUCAACGGUGAAAAAAAGCUUGCGAUAUCCGAAGCACUUGCCCUGUUCCCUCAUCCCAAAGAACUCCUGUUCCGAGUGGUGCAGGUAGCCACGGCAACAGGCAGCGUCAAGGACGUGAUAAACGUCAGAUGGAGCGGUGGGAGGCUGAAGACGUGUCAGCUGAUGUUGCUGUGGCCUGAGAAAAUGACCUUCACUGCUUCGUCGAACAACAAGGCCGUAGCGGAGAAAAGGGCCGCAGCACUGGCCUGCAUGAAGCUUAAAGAGCUGAAUCUUCUGGACAAGAACAACAACCCGCUGACUCAUGCCAAGUACCAUAGUGAGCAGGUGCAGGCGGCCAGUGAGCGGGAGAGACGCCCGCUGACCGUGGAGGUUCCAGAAUAUCUGCAGGAUCAGAUGAGGGAAUACCUGGCACAGUACCCGAUCGAGGACGAAGAGACGAGAUGGCAAGUCUCGCGGCCUCACGGCCAGGAGGCAGAUGAGGCCUGCGUGACUGACGGCAUCACCGGCAGACCCUACAGACCCCUGAGUGAAGAGGAGGUCCACCAUCUCAACAUGGAGCUGCAGAAGGAGUGGGAAAAGGUCAACCCAGAUCUGAGCCCGCCGCUUCCGGUGGACGCGCACAGACAGCAGGUGCUCUCCGCCGUCCAGUCCUCCAGGGUGGUGGUGAUCGCUGGGGAGACGGGCUGCGGCAAAACCACCAGGAUCCCGCGCUUCUUUCUGGAGGAGAGCGGCAGAGGAGGACGGGGAGCCCAGUGCAACGUCCUGGUGACCCAACCGCGGCGAAUAAGCGCGGUGUCUGUUGCUCAUCGUGUGGCUCACGAGCUGGGUCCGGCUCUGAAACACUCCGUGGGUUAUCAGGUGAGACUGGAGAGCAGACCUCCGGAGCGCAGUGCAGGAGCGCUGCUCUUUCUCACUGUGGGCGUGUUGCUGAGGAAGCUGCAGUCAAACCCGACCUUGAGGGGCAUCAGUCACGUGUUUGUGGACGAAGUGCACGAGAGGGACAUCAACACCGACCUGCUGCUAGCUCUGCUGAGAAGCACCUUGCAACAGAACCCUCACCUGCGGGUGGUGCUCAUGAGCGCCACUGGGGACAACCAGAGACUGGCCCAGUAUUUCGGAGGCUGUCCAGUGGUGAAGGUGCCUGGAUUCAUGCACCCCGUGCAAGACCUGUACCUGGAGGACAUUCUGAGAGAGAUGGGGAGUGGUCUGAGCCGCCGUGAGGAGGAGGAGGAGGAAGAAGAAGAGGAGGCGGCUGGGAAGAAGGGAGAAGCGGACGAUCUGUCUCCAGAUGUCGCUUUGGUGGCUGAUGUGAUUGAGCACAUCGACAGAAGUGGCCGGCCAGGAGCCAUCUUGUGUUUCCUCCCUGGAUGGCAGGACAUCAAGGCCGUGCAGGAGACCCUGGAAGAGAAGCCCCACUUCUCCCACGGCUCGCAGAUGAUCCUGCCGUUGCACUCCAGUUUGUCAGUGACGGACCAGCAGGCCGUGUUCCAGCGUCUGCCCGAGCAUCGCAGGAAAAUCGUUCUCGCCACCAACAUCGCAGAGACGUCCAUCACGAUUGACGACGUCGUGCACGUGGUGGACACCGGGACCCACAAAGAGCUGAGCUACGACCCACGGACGAAGGUGUCCUGCCUGGACACCGUGUGGGUGUCUCAGUCCAACGUGAGGCAGAGGAAAGGCCGAGCCGGUCGCUGUCAGCCGGGACGCUCCUAUCACCUGUUCCCACGGAGGCAGCUGCACGACAUGACUCCGUUCCCCGUUCCUGAGAUCCUGCGCACGCCGCUGGAGAGUUUAGUGGUCCAGGCCAAAAUCCACAGUCCACACUGCAAGGCUGUGGAGUUCUUAUCCCAAGUGCUCGACAGUCCUUCUCAGGGGGCCGUGACCGAAGCUGUUCGGAACCUUCAAGACAUCGGAGUUCUGGACCGGGCGGAGAACUUGACUCCUCUCGGGGCUCGUGUUGCUGUCCUGUCGUGUGACCCGCGCCUGGGCAAAGUGCUGGUCCUCAGCGCCGUGUUCCGCUGCGUGCUGCCGAUGUUGUCUGUGGCUGCGUGCCUGAGCCGAGACCCCUUUCACAACAGCCUGCAGAACCGGGCUCUGGUGAACAAGGCCAAACAGUCUCUGAGUGACUCCAGCCACAGCGACUAUUUGGUGUUCAGCCGAGUGGUGCUGGGCUGGAGGCAGGUCCAGUACGAAGGAGGCAGAGAGGACAGAGACGACUAUCUCGCCAAGUAUUGUCUGUCACGGUCCAGUCUCCGCUUCAUCAACGGUCUCAUCUCCCAGUUCAGUGACAACCUGCGCGAGGCUCAGAUGGUGCCUGCAGCCAGCGAGUGUCAGCGGCGCAGCGGUCACUACAACCAGCACAGCCAGCAGGAUCAGCUGCUGAGCGCCGUGCUGCUGGCCGGACUCUAUCCGAACCUCAUCAAAGUCAAGAGAGGAAUCGUGACCAAAGGUGGACGCUUCCGACCCAACGGGAUGUCCCUGUCCACCCAAAGAGGAUCCGUGCAGCUUCACCGCUCCUCGGUCAACAGGGGCAAGGAGGACCUGCCCAGCCGCUGGCUGACCUUCUUCAGCGCGGUCAAGUCCAGCGAGGUGGUGUUCGUCCGCGACUCUUGUGCCGUCCACCCGCUGGCCCUCUUGCUGCUCACAGACUGCGACAUCAUGGAGUCAGUGAGGGCGGGCGGCGUGCAGGUGUCGCUCCGCGGCUCCUCGCUGGUGUGCUGCCAGCUGCCGCUUCAGACCUGGGAGCUGCUGUGGGACCUCCGAAACGCCAUCCAAGCCAUGCUGCGCCGGGCCCUCACCAGUCCUGCCGAGGCCUUCACAAACUCCCUCCAGGACGGGCAGCUCAUCUCGUUGCUGGUCCGACUGCUGAACGAGACGUCGGCGAGCCCAGUCGUGCGAGCCGCUGACGGCGAAGUGGACUGAAGACUUGUGGGACCGACUGUCCUUCAGCGACCACUUGUGCAGUGACUGUCCUGACAGCAGGGGGGGCUCUUCUCCACCACUGCGCUCCAUGCUGGCUGCUGCAGCGCUCUGUGUUCAGGCAAUUCAAUAAUCAUUUUGUUUUAUUAUUUAUUCAGUUAAAAAAAAAAUCAUUUUUGAUCCCAUCAAAUACAUGAAAAGGUCAAGCGUUUAUGUCUCAAACCGGACCAAAGGUAUUUCUGGCUGCCGUCAUGUUGAGUCUAAUAGAAGUGGGACUUGAAAAUCAAGUGUCUUCUGCGCGACGGGUUGAGAUCGACACUGGAGGCGAGAGCGCGUGGGCUGGGAGGCUCAGGAGAACUCCUUCAUGAACUGCAGGUGGAAGCAGGAGAUGCGUCUCAGCAGCUCCUCCAUGGUGUCGCCGCGGGUCAUGAUGCUGAACCUGCGUGCGAGCGUUUCACUCGGUCAGUCAGGGACCAGCUUGCGCCAGCACUGACCCAGUCAUUGCAGCAGCCCAUCACAAGUCGAACUACCUGAUGUGGCUGGACCCCUCCUUCUGUCCGUACUGGCAGCCCGGUCCAGUGAGCACUCCAGCCUCCUCCAGCAGUCGCACACAGUAGAAGGAGUCGGGUUUCAUCCCUUCCUCCUACAGACAGCAACGUGUUCUGUUAGCUGCCAGCUGAUCCUUUGGACCCUGUCGGAUUUGACCUUUGCCCUCAGGACUGCUCUUGGUGGAAGAUCCACUCUGGGGAAGACGAACGCUCCUCCCUCCACUGGUUGGCAGCUGAAACCCGGCAGACUGUUGAGAACCUCCUCGGCUCUCCUCACAUUAUGACGCAGUGUGCUCCUGAUGUGUUGGGUCUCCUGCAGGGAGCAGAUGCGGAGGAGAUGAAGCUCAGCAACAGCACCCGGAUCAGCAGUGGCACCUGGGUGUAGAGCCUGUAGGAGGGCUCUCCUGGCUGCGGAGGGUUGACCAUCAGCUCCAGAGCCAUCUGGCCCAGCACUGGCGCGCAGCUGUCCUUGGAGAACAGCCGGUAGACGUGUGCCAUGACCGCUGGCUCCACAUUGGUCAGCUCCACGUAGCCACCGCGCAGACCGCACCUGGCGAGAGCGGCGACAUGCUUCUGUUCAUGCUCUGUUUGCCGGCUCAGC